UGUGUGACGUCGGAGGUACAUGACAACGCGGAGAAUCCACGUCCGGACGCGUAAUAAUGGUCGACGGAGCGACCGCAGUGUAAAUUUGACGGGACGCGGGCCUUCGAGAGUGGUUCGUUCCGAACGAGUAGUGAUCGCUGCCGCGUCUCUCAGUGAACCGUCGGAUCGUUUGCCCAGUAACCAUACGCUGCGAGGAUCAUCGAACAUUGGUGCAAGCGGCGCGGAAAGUCCUCGGCGAGGUGAGAGCUUCGAGAGCGAUUUAACAGGAAGGAUCCAUCGUGAGGAUCUCCUCCAAAUCACGUCUUUUGAUAGCGGAUCGCGAUAGCUGCAAAAUAAAGUACCUUGAUUCUUUUCCCCAUGAUUGUGUGAAGGAUCAACGGUGAACG